AUGCAUUUAUGGAUCAUUCUGAUCACCUUGUCUGCGUCCUUGUUGUGUCUCUUUCAAGUGGAAGCAGCAGAAUGUGCUGAAAUCUGCUACACGACCGAAUUGACGGGCUUUGGACCAGGAGGAAUUGCUGGAUGUGCUUGUAGUGGCUUAAAACCUACACGCUCGGGACCUGGGAAUUGCAAUUGCGGGCAGUGUUAUGAAGAAACGAAUGGAGCUGUCAUUGGCUAUGCUGUUAAUAGUGACGGCACGUGCGCGUUUGGAACAAACUGUGGAGACUGCACGUUCUCAGCGGAUGCAUCUUCGAGCAAGACGACGGCCUCGUCUAGCUCUUUGGAUACCAAUCCCACGACACCGCCUGCGCCGCCGACGUCAACACCGCCUACGUCAACACCGCCGACGACGACGUCGGUAAGCUCCACCGCUGCUACGACAGAUGCGCCUGCUGCUACGUCUCCUAUUCCUUCUUCAGGCACUUUAUCGAACGGGACUACUGGAAUUUCUACUUUGAUCACAGACUCAAGCAAUUCUCUCAGCAGCUCGGGCUCUGACGACAACAACGCGGACAAAACUGCUGGCAGCUCAACCGUUUACAUAUCAAAUGACAAUGGACCCCUGAAGACGUGGCAGAUUGCAUUGAUAAUUUGCUGUGGCGUGCUGGUCUUCACAGUGGCCGUCGUGUCAGUACUUUCGUGCUACUGUAAGGCGCGGAACCGCUUGUACGAGAACGAGGAUAAUCUAGCCGAUGCCAGCUAUUAUCAGCAGCAGCACUCUCACCAGCACGGUGUCGUUGUUGGAUCGGAUGCGUCGACUCUAUUUCCAGCGAAAGUCCACAGUCACCAGCGAUCUGGAAGCUCUGGAAGCCUGACGAACGAGAUGAAGCCCUUGUACGCAAAUUCAACCAACAGCGGCAGCUCAGAUAGGUUAGGAAUGGGCUUUGCUCCUGUUCACAUGCGUAGAAGUACGUCUGGUGACCGAAGCGAUGUGGCGAGCAAUAGCUACCGCAACGUGGAGCCGAGAUACAGCAAAGCACGUGAUCGAGGCUCGUUGGCCGUAGAAUUGUAG